AUGAAGAAGGAUGUCAGCAAACAAGAUAUUACUCCGCAUUCAUUAGGCUUUAAAAACAUUGUGAUCUAUGUGCUUCUUUUUGUAAACUUUGUUCUUUUGACAAAGUUGGCCUCGACUUUCUCACGACAACAACACCGACAACAACACCAACAACAAGUCUUCGCUCUUUGUAAAGAUUCAGAGUUUAAAUCAUUUGCGCUUGCCUCAAAGCAGGAAUAUGAACCCGAACAUGGAGAAGGCGAUGUAACGUCUCUUGAAUUUUGGCUAAAGAUGGCGUUGAUUGUCUUUUUGGUCAUGCUCGGAGGCAUCUUCGCAGGUUUGACAAUUGGACUGAUGGGCUUGGACGAAACCAAUCUGCAUGUACUUAUGGCUUCUGGAAGUCCUAAAGAGCAAAUCCAUGCCGAAAUCGUCUAUGGCUUACUCUCGAGAGGGAAGCACUGGGUUUUAGUGACUUUGCUCUUAGGAAACGUUAUCGUGAACGAGACGCUGCCCGUUGUUUUAGAUUCUGAAUUAGGAGGGGGGAUCGUCGCUAUUUUAAUCUCAACAAUGUUGAUUGUAGUCUUUGGAGAGAUCAUCCCUCAAGCAAUCUGUGCGCGCUAUGGCCUUGCUAUUGGAGCUCACUGUGCUAAACCAAUGAUGGUUUUUAUGUACAUCAUGUCGCCUAUCGCCUAUCCAAUUGCCAUGAUCCUGGAUUCAUGGCUCGGAGUCCAUCACGGAACGACUUAUCGUAGGACCGAACUCAAGACGCUUGUUUCGUUGCACCAAGUCGAUGGGAUUGGCGAAUUGACAGAUGAUGAAGUGACGAUUAUUGCUUCUGUCCUGGAUCUGAAGGAAAAAUCCGUUUCUCAGGUGAUGACGCCACUAGAAGACGUGUUCACAUUGAGUGAAGAUGCUAUCCUUGAUGAAGAUUUGAUGGAAGAAAUUGUUUCUGCUGGUUAUUCGCGUAUCCCGAUCUACCGCCACGACGAUCCAAGUAACUUUAUUGGGAUGUUGUUGGUCAAGCGACUCAUUACCUAUGAUCCUCAGGACCAUAUUCCAGUACGACAAUUUACGAUCAACUCGUUGCCAGAAGCUGCUCCUAACACCAGUUGCUUGGACAUUCUCAACUUUUUCCAGGAGGGACGAUCUCAUAUGGCUAUGGUGACAUCGGAACCAGGUGGAUUUGGAGCUCCUGUAGGAGUAAUCACAUUGGAGGACGUAAUCGAGGAGUUGCUGGGCGAAGAGAUUGUGGAUGAAUCGGAUGUAUAUGUGGAUGUUCACAACAAGAUCAAGGUUAUUCGGAAACCAACUAGAAAUGUCAACAUGAUCAAGAACCUGAAGAACUUUCUCCAGUCUCCAGCGCCGACACCACUUCUAGUGCCUAAUAAUGCCCCUGUGAACAGCUCAAGCACUAAAGAACAGUCUACAGGCGAGCCCAAUCUGACGGGGCACUCGGUGGAGAACCCGAAGCAUUACAUGUCUACAGGAAAGACCAUUUUACUAUCAAGGAAUACAUCUACAGAGGCUUUAGGCAGGGAGAACCAGCCCUUGUUGAAUGAAGAUCACGAAUGCGCGUUCAGGACAGGAUCGAUCAAGAGUAGUCGUAUUUCUACGCCAAAGAUAUCUUCUCAUGAUCCGGCUACCAAAGCGCCUCCAGAGCGCCGCCAUCCACAGUCGAUUGCUGAAGACUUGAGCGGGCAAGGAAGUUUGAUGGAAAAUGCCAAACAAAAGAGGCAGCGUCCCUAUCAAGUACAGCAGUAUUCAUCUCAUCUAAGUGAUUUGAAAGUGAUUCCCGAGAUAGCAUCAGCAGCGACAGAAGAGAUGGAUGAACAAGGAGGGAAGCAUUCGGUCAAGAAAUCAAUAGAGUCCACAGGAUCGGUGGCCUCUAUAGCAACGUCUACAACGGCGACGAUGAAAGAGCCUCUGACACCGACUACGGUGUUUGAAAAUACGACAGCAGAAAGUCCUUCGGAUGAUAUGAUUGAUAGCAUGGAUUCCUCGCCAGCGCCUUCAGCCACAGGAUCGAAGAAAAAGAAGAAAAAGAACAAGAAGUAG